CUCAAAGACCUGAAAUGAGCUCCCGUCAGGCUGGAACCCCAAUGACUGUGCAAGGGAAUGCAGUGUCUUUGCUUACACUUACUGCAGGUUAAGCUUAGAGUGUUUUAUAGAGAUCAGGCCCAGGAGACUUUUCCUGAAGCCUGAGUAACUUUGUUCUGUCAGGGUAGGGGAUUUUUAUUUUUUAGUGUGAACAGUAGUGAUUAUCUGAUAUGAAAGCAGUAAACAAACAUCCCUGGGUUUACCGUGCUUAUUCGGGGCAGUGUAGCACAAUAUUUUGCAAUUGGGAGUGUUGUGAAACUGGUUUUCAGUUGGUUUGGAAAUACAUGUGACUGUGUAGUUGAAUCUGCCAGGAAACUACUUGGCUAAUUCACUUAUUUCCUUGGGUACAUGGAAAAAAAAUGACCCACCCAAACCCUUCCCAUUCCAUAGCAGGUACCUGCUCUUUAGCUGUGGUCUCCGUAGGGCAUCGCAGUACCUGCAGCCUGCCAAGGUGCAACGGGCAGUAUGUCAAACUUCUGUAGGUUCCUGGAAUCAAGGUUGCUCAAGCAAGUGUAAAUAUUACUUUAUUGCACUGAGAAACUUGGUUAUCUGCAUUAUAACCACACAGUGGGGGAAGGAAAACCAAACCUCUGCUUAAAAUCAUUAUUUAUACUGCAGGCAGAAUCUUAGGAGCCAUGCUUCUGCUCCUCUGCAAUUGCCAGCACUAUUUGCUGGAUUCCUGAAGCGAGUACGUGGAGCUUAAAUAGCCCAGCAAGAAGGGAGGGACAGGAGGCAGUCACAACAGAAGGCUGGGAGAGGUGAUACGAGUUAGAUUUACACACUACAGCGUACCUUGUUGAAGCUCUUGGGAGAAGAGCGACAGAAAGGGUACAACCUGCCGUAUCUUACAUUGAUCAGAGUCUGCUGUACACUCAGUCACAGGAGAAGAGAGAUCUGCGCUCUGGAGCGGCUGUGAAGAAGACAAGUUUCCAGUUACUUUUGCCACUGCAGUCUCUGUAGAGUUCCUGUAUUACUCAGUGUUCCUGGGUCUACCUCUCCUCUCCCAAGAUGCUGAGAAGAGUCCUGUGUACAGUGUUGUUCGUGGGAGCCUUGCCAUCACUGGCUGAAGCGUCCCAGGGCCACAUUUCAGUGGUCUUGCUGGGAGCCACAGGUGAUUUGGCCAAGAAGUAUUUGUGGCAGGGUCUCUUCCAACUCUACAUGGACCAAGUGAGCAAUGGCCACAGCUUCACUUUCCAUGGGGCUGCACUGACAGCUCUGGAGCCGGGACAGAGGCUGAUGUUUGAUGUGCUGAAGAAGCUGGCCUGUCCCCCAGAUGAAUCUCCCGACAGAUGUGCUGUGCUCAAGGACCAGUUCCUGAAGCUGAGCCAAUACCACCAGCUGAAGACUGCCGAAAACUACACUCUGCUGAACAGCGAGAUUGAGACGCUGCUUCGCCAGGAGGGGCUGAAGGAAGCUGGAAGGAUCUUCUACUUCUCAGUACCACCAUUUGCCUACACAGAGAUUGCCCGGCACAUCAACAGCAGCUGCAGACCGCCUCCGGGAGCCUGGUUGCGUGUGGUGCUGGAGAAGCCUUUUGGCCAUGACCUGGCAUCAGCCCAGCAGCUGGCUGCAGAGCUGACAAGCUUCUUCAGGGAAGAAGAGAUGUACCGGGUGGAUCACUACCUUGGCAAACAGGCUGUAGCCCAUAUCCUGCCUUUUCGAGAUCAGAACCGACAGUUUCUGGAUCCAAUUUGGAACCGACAUCAUGUGGAAAGAGUGGAGAUUGUCUUGAAAGAGACUGUGGAUGCUAAAGGCCGCACCAGCUUCUAUGAGCAGUAUGGAGUCAUCCGGGACGUGCUGCAGAACCACCUCACAGAGGCCCUGAUGUUCCUGACCAUGGAGCUCCCAGCCAACGUGAGCAAGGCUGAAGACGUUUUGCAGAGCAAGCUGCAGGCCUUCCAGUCCUUGCAGGGCCUAGAAAAAAACAGUGCUGUGUUGGGUCAGUAUCAGGCAUAUGCCAGCCAAGUACAGGAGGAACUGCAGAAGGCACAGGACUACAUCAGCACAACACCAACCUUUGCAGGUGUGCUGGUUCACAGUGACAGCCUGCGUUGGGAAGGGGUCCCUUUCCUCCUCACUUCUGGGAAAGCUCUGGAUGAACGGGUAGGUUAUGUCCGUGUUCUCUUCAAGAACCGGGCCUACUGCACUCAGAGAGAGACUCUGAGGGAUGCAGGGUACAGCCAGUGUAAAGCCAAGCAGAUCAUCUUCUACAUCGGGCACGGCACACUCAACACCCCUGCGGUGCUUGUGAGCAGGAACCUGUUCAGGCCUGUCAUGCCAGAAGGCAGUUGGAGAGAAGCAGUGGGUCAGUCGGACCUGCACAUUUUUGGACAAUCGUUGUCUGAUUACUAUGUGUACAGGCCUGUGAAAGAGAGAGAUGCGUAUUCUGUCCUCAUCUCCAACAUCUACCAUGGUAGGAAGGACUUCUUCAUCACCACCGAGAACCUGCUGGCCUCCUGGGGGUUCUGGACACCGCUGCUGGACAGCAUUUCCCACCAGCCCCCGCGCCUCUACCCGGGGGGUGCAGAGAACCAGCACCUCUUAGACUUUGAAAUGGUGCGUGGGGAAGUGGCAUUCAUACUGGCAGAGCCAGUGGAACUGCUGAACCCCAGCAGGCCGAUGCCAAGUGAUUACAGGGCAAUCCAGUCCAAAUUUCGGCAACGUCCCCUGGUCUCAGCGUGGUCUGAGGCCCUGAUCUCCCAGCUGGCCUCUGACAUCGAGCAGACAGCAAGCAGGGCUGUGGCACGCUCUGGGCAGUUCCACCUGGCCCUCUCGGGUGGCUCAAGCCCCGUGGUCCUAUUCCAGCAGCUGGCAAGACACCAUUAUGCCUUCCCGUGGAAGCACACCCACAUCUGGCUGGUGGAUGAACGCUGUGUCCCUCUCACUGAUACCGAGUCCAACUUCUUCAGCUUGCACAGCCACCUCCUCCAGAGUGUCCGGGUGCCCUACUUCAACAUCCACCCCAUGCCUGUGCACCUGAACCAGCGGCUCUGUGUGGAGGAGGACAGAGGCACGGAGCUGUAUGCCAAGGAGAUCCUGGCCCUGGUGGCCAAUGCCAGCUUUGACCUGGUGCUGCUGGGGGUGGGCACUGAUGGGCACACCGCCUCGCUCUUCCCCCACUCUGAGAACGGCUUGGAAGGGGCUCAGACUGUGGUGCUGACUGAAAGCCCUGUCAGACCUCACCAAAGGAUGAGCCUUAGCCUACCCCUCAUCAACAAGGCCAGGCAGGUGUUUGUGCUGGUUUUGGGGAGGGGUAAGCAUGACAUCACCACCCUCCUCAGCAGAGUGGGCCAUGAGCCCAGGAAAUGGCCUGUCUCAGGUGUCAACCCCAGCUCUGGCCACCUGGUGUGGUAUGUGGAUUAUGAAGCUCUGCUUGGGUGAUGCCUUCACAGUGUCCCUCCUCCCUUGUCUGCGUGGCCCUUACAGCCUGGAUUUUCCUACACAGUGUCCAUGUUUUUCUGUUGCCAGCAGCAGCUUCAUCUCUGACAGACUUCUUUAACCUUCUGGGAAAUCUGUGGCCUGCCGUGCCUCUGACAUUUGAGCCAGGAAAGGAGCUCGGCUCAGUGUUCAGAGCUACAUAGGAGCCAAGAGCUCAGUGUGGCAUUUCUGGCUCUGCUAGGGAUUCUGACUGUGACUUCGGACAAAUUACCUCACCUUGAAGUGCCUCAGUUUCCCCCGUCAGACCUUUGUGGCUAACAGCCUUUAACUACCUCGCAGGCACUAUGGGAGACUUAAAUCAAGUACCUGCCAAUUUUUUUUUUUUUUUUUUUUUAAAUUCUCAGGUUAGAAGACAGUAAUAACAUGCUCAUCCCAUACUCAGUCUGGCUGGAGCAGAGUCAUCUUGGUAAAAUGAUGAUUCCGUGCACAUGGGUCCGUAGCCUUGUGCGUGCAGCCCGUCUUGGUGUCAGGCAGCCACUGACUAUGGCUGUGCUCUCCUGGAAGGGUAGGCACCCAUUUGCUUCUGUGGCAUGUGGCCCCUAAAUGCUAACGCUGAUUUGUGGGCUCACUGCAGUCUCCUGAUUCUUUGCAAAUUGCCCAGAAUUUUAUAAGCAGUUUAUAAGCGGUAAUUUGCUGUUUUCAUUACGUGGAUGUUUGAUACCAUGGGGGAUGGAAGAGAAAGACACAUUACUCUUUUAGGCUGUUAGAAUAAUGGGGACAGGGUGAGGAAUAUGGCAGUUCACAGAGCUGUUCUUUGCUUGCAGUGCAAUAAUUAUUAAGGGAGAAGCUUUAUGUUCAGAGGAGUUGUUUGGGUUUAGCUGGUGAAGAGAUGUUUUCUUUAACUGCCUCUCUCUGUCUCAUUCUCUGAAAUGAACUUUUCUCUCUCCUUAGAAGUGAAGCUUUCAGUGUCAUUCAGUGGCUUGUAAAAUUUCUACAGGAGGCAGCUUUAUAAACUUUUCAGUGUAUCCGUCAUUACAGCACACACUGAGGUAGUUACAGUGUUUGCGGAUGGUGGUGGUGGGGUUUGAACUCUGUUUUAUAAGGGGAGGGAAUUUUCUCUGUACACAUCUCUUGGGCACACGGAACUAGCAAAUUGCAUUUCCGUGUUGACAGGACAAUGUUAAGUGGUUAUAGAAAUGCGUAGCUCACAGAAAGUGUUGAAGACGUCUGGUCCUACCUAGAGACCCUACUCUCCCCUAAUUUUCACCUUCCAGAAUACUGCCAUGCACAGUGGGUGUCUCUCUGUUUUUGUGAUGUCCCCAAAUGCUCCGUAAUCUUCUCUGAUGUGUAAUUUACCACAGCACACCAGAGUGCAGCUUUUGGUAAGGAAAUCAAGAGAGCACAGGAUGGGAGAAUCUGGGCUGAUGGUCCAUGUGGAGGCUAGAGACAAACCCAUCCCCUGGGGUGGCAGCAGGAAGGGACAGACCCGCUGUGGGAAGCUGGGAGGUGGAUGUGGUGCUGGCUGCCCGCAGGGAGGGUUCUGCGCAGGAGCGGAGGCCGCUCUGAAGGGGAUUUCUCUCUUCCUGUGAAUGCUGGCCCUGUUUCCACAGAGAAGUACUGUGUGUGGGUGACAGGGUGGAGAUGGUGGGGACUGAGGUGACACAGGGCCUGGGGGUUUGGGAGGAGCUGGUGCCCCGACCCCGAGAAGCAGCACUAAGGGCUGGGCUUGGCCACCCUUCACAGCCCUGGAGCCUCACAAGGGAAAAAUGGGAUCCUCAGGAGCUGGACCUGGGAGUCUGGUGAGCCCUGAGGGACCUGAAACCCAACACAGGGAAGGAAGGAGACUGUGCUUUAGAGAGCUGGGCGAUAGGCAUGGGCUUCACAUCCCUCCCUACACAGGGAUCUGCGGAAUCCGAGCGAUGAAGUGUGAAAUCCAGGUACAAAGAGGUGCUACAGUCGGAUAGGAAGUGAAGUGAGGUGGGCAGGUCCGUAGAGCCUGUGCUCCUGGGUUCCCAGGGACUUGUUGCCUUUCGGCGUAAUGCUUAAUGCAGAAAUUGGAAUUGUCCGCUGCUAAUUGCACAGAUGAAAGUGCGCUGAGCAAGCUCCAGAGAGCCUGUUACUCGUCAGCUGUCCCAAGGCAAACAGAGCCAGGGAGAACAUAACCUGGCACAGAAGCUGUGUGCAGCAGGGAAAGGCCAGAUUCUCAGGGACUGGCUGUGAUUUCUGGCAGACACCCUCCAGAAAAGCUGCAUUUUACAUAUUGUAUUUGACUGGGGUGAGCUGAGUUGCCCUGAUGCUCAUCACUUUGCUUUUGCAUGGGAAAGGAAGGGAGUUGUGGUGGAGUCGUUUUCUCAAAAGCUCAAACACAGAAGAGACACCAAGUGCCUUAACUGGUCUGAUUUGACAGCCGGGAUGGCUGGUUACCCAUCUCUUGUGGGUGUUUAUCAGUAAGUUUGCUUCUGCCUGUUUCAUGGUUACAGACAGGCUUAACUACCAGCACAAGCAACAAAGGGUGAAAAUAAAUCACAGGGGAGGAGAGUAGCAUAGAAAAGCGGGAGGAAGGUGAGUGCUGCAGGACUUGCUUGUCAAGUGGAUGUGCUGACAGUGGAGUCUGGAGUAAGAGCAUUACGCUUAGGAGUUAACUGUAAAACUCUUCUGGAAUAACUCUCUUCGUAGAUGAGUGCUAGCAAACGCUGGCUCCAAAAUACACCACAGUGGCUGAAACAGCUGUGCAGAGGAAGAUGUUUUAGGUCUGGUAUGUCCAUAAAUUCAAACAUAAUUUUUCGUUUUUAAACAAAAAUAGCCAUGUUAACUUCAUUCCAGUUCUUUUCUAUUGGGUGUGAGGGAACACGUUUUAAUGAAAAAUUGACCUAUGUGAGAAUAAAUAUAUUAUUAUGAAUGACAGAAUUUAUUACUUUACAGAUGACUGUGGCACUGGUGUUAUUUCUGCAUGCUUUCUUGUUAAUAUUUCCCUGGCACCUUUUGAAAUAAACACUGAUUUUUUAGAGAGGUUUAUUUGCACUUUUAAAUAAGGAUGGUUUGGGUUUUUUUCCCAGAGAGCCACUCUUCUUUCCAGCUGAAAAUAGGGUUUACUAAUGGCUCGCCCCAAAAUUAAUCCUAGAUUUUAUUAAAAUCCAGUAAAAGCUUACACACAUUUUCCUUGAUGAACAUAACUGUCUGGGUUGUUUGGGGUUUUUCUUUUUAGAACUGUGUUUUCUUUUUGCACAGACAAUUCCUGUUAAACUCAGCAUUUGCCAAAUGAAAAAAAAAAUUUUAAAUGUGUAAAAUUUGUGACUGGCAGGAGGAAGACUGCAGAUGGGAAGAAGGGUUAAAUGAGCAACAAAUCUGAUGAAUAAGAAUGAUAGAAAUCCACUGGGCUAUAGGCCAGGGAAGCAGUGCUAUUUUUAUUUUGUGAAAGCUAUUAAUAGGAGGUGUGCACCUUCUUGAGAGCUUGUAUUAACCUUUCUUUGCAAAAGCAACUCCAUGGAGUAACUUGUUAUAGUCUGUUUCUCUCCUAAGUGAUUAUUGGUAUCAAUUUUGUUAUUUUUUUAAAUGGCAAGUGCAUUUCUAGAAUUCAGUGGUAUGAUUAUUUCUGUGUUUUACAGAAAACUAACACUGGAAGUAAGUAAUUUUUCAUUUCAACUUUUAUAAAUCAAGUUGUAAAAUAAUAUUUUCCUAUGAGUAAAGUUUUGUGAUUGCUUUUGUGUU